CAGUUCAAGUACUUUGUUUAACUUUAUUACUGCAGAGUCCCUGGGGUUUUAAUCGGGAAACUGACUUUCUAGUCCAAGUCCUUAAUUACUGCCUUUUCCCGCUUAUAGUUAACUUUAACUGUAAGUUAGGCCAUAUUUUAUGAUUAAACCUGCACGGACACAUGCAGCAUACAAAACUUAGUAUAGCUCUCUCUCCUGCACACGCACACUGCUGUCUUGUGUACACAAUCCAACAGUCAAACUUCCAGGAUGCGUCUCACCCUUCGGUUGUCUUACAGCCAUGCUUAGAUGGUGAUCGCAGCCCAGUCCUUGGAUGCAGUUUGCCAGCGCGGCGCAGGUCGAUGCGAGUCACAGUAACAAACGGAGAGCGAGAGAUCUCUACUUGGAAGACCUGUUCAUUAAUGUGUACAAUGUGUAUUGUGCUUUUUAUCUAAAACCCUAUGGUACAACAAAAUUCCAGGCACCAGGCAGUAAUAUAUGCGAUAAAUGUAUUUCUGUUUUCAAAUCAACAAACGUAGCUGUGGGAUGCAUCCAUUUUAGCGUAUUUAAUUCUUGUCUGGCUCUUGCCGAGGCCUUGAGUGUCUCCGGCAAAGACUCUACGGGUGUCUGUGCUCAUCUCUUAAAGGUCUCCAGAAAAAAAGGGCCAUAAAUUGAUGGCUCAUAAUUUAACAUAUUGCCAAACAACAACACGAAGAUGAAAGAGGACCUCAGCCUUAAGAGACGAUUUGUCUCUCUUGCCCUCGGACUUAUUGGAAUUCCCGGGAUGGGUUCAGUUAUUCUGCUCGGACUUAAGUCGGAACCGACCAAAGCGUCCCCAGGUUUAUGCAAACGUGCCGUGUUGUCCUCGAUAGUAAUUACUAGCCCACCUCGCCGCUGUGCUGUAACUCACUAUGCAAAUGUGAUGCGUUUUGCAUAUGAGGUGGCGCAGAGCCAGUCGAGCUGCAAAGCAGCAGGCAGAUGUGCGGCGGAGCUCCAACGGCACGUUGCGGCUGCAGCUUUACAUGCCAAUGUCCCCAUGAAAGAUAUUAAGAUGAGUGGAGAGUCAGUGGAGCGGACAGAAUCCCACAGUGAUCAAGCAGACAAUGAACAACAUGAACUUGACUUCACAAGACAGAUUAAGACCGAGGAGAUCAGCGAAUCCCCGCACUCCAUUCCAUCACACAAGACAUGUCACCUGACACAAGGAUCUCCCAUGUCCACCGGGCACUUGACAGGGGACCUGCCCUCCCUACACCCACUUCAGCAGCUGGUCCUCAUGCCCGGAUCACAUAUUCCUGCCUCCUCAUCCCUCUUGCUGUCUCAGACACAGACUGGGCACCAAGCCUUGCUGCAGCAAAAUCUACUUUCCCACUCCCAGUCAGGCCCCAUGCAGCACCAGCCCGGAUUGGCGAUCACUCCACAGGCAAUGAGUCGGUCAGGCCUGGCUGGGUCCUCACUGGACGGGCAUCCGGAGAUGCCCCAUCUUCAGGUUCCCAAACACAUGGCCCCUAUGCAGCAGGAUGAGCCCAGUGACUUGGAGGAGCUGGAGCAGUUUGCCAAGGCCUUUAAGCAGAGGCGCAUCAAACUGGGCUUCACUCAGGGCGAUGUGGGACUGGCCAUGGGAAAGCUGUACGGGAAUGAUUUCAGCCAGACCACCAUCUCUCGCUUUGAGGCGCUCAACCUGAGCUUCAAGAACAUGUGCAAGCUGAAGCCCCUGCUGGAGAAGUGGCUGAGCGACGCAGAAAACUCGCCAUCUGAUGCUAUAGCCAGCACUACUACCCUGCCCCCGCCAAUGGAAGGUUACGUUAGAAAGAGGAAGAAGAGGACAAGCAUAGAAACCAACAUCAAGAUGACUUUAGAGAAACGCUUUCAUGAUAAUCCCAAACCAAACUCAGAGGAGAUCACGCUGAUCUCAGAGCAGCUGGCGAUGGAGAAGGAAGUGGUCCGGGUCUGGUUCUGUAACCGGAGACAGAAAGAGAAGAGGAUCUACUGUCCAAUGUCUACUCCAUCCUUGAAACCUCCCAGUUACAACUCCAGACUUGUCCCAACCUCCAGGUCAUUCAGUCCGCAUACAGCAAGUGCAGUGUCGUCCAGUUCAUCUCCCAGCAGUCCCAGUCGUGGAUCUUCUCCUAGCCCUCUCACUUCACAGGGGGUCACCCAGUCCAUCAACACCACAGGGUCAUGGUACAGAGCAUGGAACUCCUCCUACCUUCACUGAUGGAGGACAGUUGGCUUAAAGUCUGUAACGCUUAAAAGCCAGAUGUGCAAAAAGUUUACUUGAGUGAGCUCAGCAGAAAAGAAGGACAUCAGCAUGAAUAACAAGCAGGGCUCAGAACAACGUUACAUAUAUUUCUGCAAUAAAGUACAAUAAUUGUAUGGCAACUCUACGUUGAUUUAAAUGAAGACUUUUGAUACCUCCUGUUUUUGUUUUAAGUUUGACAACACAAUGUGCUUGGUGAACUGAAACACUUUACGGCAUCUGGAAUGUGGUGAGAGAGAUCUCCAAUGCAGCACUUCCAGAAGGUUCUACAAGCUAUUCUCACAACCGCAUUUAUUGAAGAAGUGCCCUUUUUCAAUAUUGGGCACCGAAACACAGAGUGGAAAGACAUCAGUCAUUUAGAUUGUAUUUAUUGAGCAAGUCUAUCUGAAUAUAUUGUGAAUAAAAUCGGUUAAUAUUUUCUGUUACCUGCAUAUUUUCGUUUUAUACGAGUUUUGAGAAGUUGGCAAAUGUGCAUUUAAGAAUAUCUUUGAUAUUAAUUAUUCAUGAAUUAUUAGGUCUGUCUUUUUUUCUUUCACACUAGAGUGGUUAUGGGUGAUUUUUUUUUAUUCUUAAAUUUUGCUAAAAUCUUACAGUUUUGAAGUUACGUGUGUGUGAAAAUGUCACUGUAUACAUUUUGAAGACACUUUGUCCUAUCAUUCUAAUAUUUGACAGUGGCUUUUAAAGAUGCGCAAAACACUGAUUUCAAUGUUUUAAAAAUGAAGAAAUAAAAUUUGUACAUAC